AUGUCUAAUGGACCAGCCAAAUAUACCAUAAUAAAUCGCCUGGUACAGCCUAUUCUCCCAAUAAAGAAGCAACUACUUGAAGAAAAUCCAAACCAUUCCCUACGUCUUUUGUCUCUUUAUCGUCGACAUUUAAGAUUGAGACCGUUCAUCUCCCCUAGAGCAGAUAUUAAACAGUUCUACACAGAUUUGGUCAGAUUGCGAUUUAAAGAAGAUAUAGAACUGCGAAGAAAGCAUUUUACAACUCCAUAUACCCCUCUGGACAAAGAUUCCAUUAUAGAAAGGGUGAUUCGAACCCUAGAGAUCGUAAAUAAUGGUUGUGUGGACUCCCCCAAUUCUAUUGAACGUCAGAUAAUACGGAACAUCCUGGAUGUGGAGUACGCCAACAAAAACAUCAAAAUGGUUCCAUUAAUGUCGGUUGAAUACUUCAAAGAAGAAUUAUGGAAAGGAAGAGAACUUGACGUUGUUUCUGAACCAAAGCUCUAUGAUUGGGUAAACAAGAUAGAUAUCUCUAACAAAUCAAAAAAAAAGAAUGAACAACUAAACCUACUUACAGCCCUGAGAAAUCAUUAUAGAUCGGUGGCUUCAUUCAACGAAGUACAAAAGACACUGUUGUAG